AUGUCCGUUCUCCUAGGCCCACUUUCCGGCGCGCUGGUCGCUGGCGGGAUCUACUACGGCUUUUCUAAUCUCAUGCAAACGCGGACACAGCAGCAUAUCAAAGACUUGCACACACUGAGCGUCCGGCUCGUGGAAACUCCCAAUGUCAUCCUUGCGCCGCCCUCAGCAGCGGCUCGUGUCAAGCCGCACAACUUCACGACGGAGCUCAAGGCGCGGUGGAACAACGAGGUAGAGUGCCUCUUCCGGGGGAUCCAGAAUCUCGAUCGCAGCGCGGUAGAAUGGGGGCGGACACUGUUGUACAGUUCUUCGGGAAAAGAGGACAAGGGUGCGGGUGAAGCGCCAGCGACAAAGGUUCCAACAGCAUCUGCGGAGACGGCUUCAUCAUGA